CGUCUCCUCGACUUGGCUACCCACCACGUCGUCGGCGAAAGCGAUGGGCAUCAAGUAUUCUGUCCAGGCCGUGACGCAAACGAAGGAAGGCGGGCUCGUCCUGCACCCCAAGUACUUCAAAUACCUCCAGAUGAAUUGCCCGGAUUUUGCCAUGGAAUCGUGCAAGGUCACGCCACGGAUGCGCGAGAUCGUCCUGUCCACGUGGGACUCGAUCGCUAACGGGUUGACCCCUGGCAUGAAGGCCAAGGUCCCGGCCGGGACGUCGCCCGUCGUAUUUUUCUACGACUACUUUUACGGGUCGCUCUUCAAGAUAGCGCCAGAGGUGAAGCCGCUGUUUCGAGCCAGCAUCAUCAUCCAAGGCAAGGCGCUGAUCAGCAUCGUCCAGACUGUCACGAACGAAGCCAACUUGGAAAACGCCGUCGAAAAGGUCGUGGACCUCGCCUAUCGGCACAACAAGUACAAGGUCAAGAUGGGAUAUUACAACGUCCUCGGAAACGUCCUCUUGACGGCGAUCCGAGAGUGCACGGGGGACGGCGUGUGGAAUGCCGAGGUCGAAGGCGCGUGGCGCAUGGUGUAUGCGUUCAUGAUGACCGCUAUGUGCCCGAUCUUGUACCAUGGCCAGGCACAUCCAACAGACAAGGAAAAGGAAAUGGCCAAGACGGGCCGGUACAUGCACGCCGUCACGUUCCGGCGGCCAAAGGAAGUCCAGCCCGCGGCGGCGUCCGUGAUUCCACAAGGGCAGUGUCCUGUGGCCGGCAUGACGUCUGUCAUUCCGGACGGGCACUGCCCCGUCCCCCACUAGAACGAUAGACAAAACGUGGAUAGGUAGGUCGCACAAGGUGUGUGCAUAUAUUUCACGGAGAAAUUGUCGACGAGUCUUCUUCAUCCCGAGGUGCCGUCGACCUGUGUCACGACCAAUACAUCGACGUGUACAUGCCCGUGAGCGGAAACAGCAGCGCCGAAAACGCAACG